AUGGCUAAUCUGCGACUGGGGACGGCCUUUGCCGGGCUCGUUUUGACCAUCCUGGUGUUUAUGCAGUUGCUGGCAGUGGUACGCUAUAACGAUCGAGUCCCUGCCGGUAGUUUCGAUCGCAACUUCAACCAGUGGAGGAGCAGAGCCAAUACAGCUACGGACGACGGUCUAUUCUUAGUGGGCGCGGGCAAAGCUGAUGUGACUGGUCCUGUUGUCGAGGUGGAUUUCAACGGCUAUGCCAGCUUGAAUCAACUAGGCACUGGUUUGCGACAGAGAAUCUAUUCUCGUGCCUUCAUUUUUGCCGAUCCCAGCAAGCCCGGGGACGCCUUUGUCUACCUCGUCCUCGAUACCCUCGCGGGUGACACCGCUGUACGACAUGGAGUUCUGCAGGGACUCGCAGCCUUAGGUGGUGACUACGAACGCUACGGCCAACACAAUGUUGCACUUACUGGGACACACUCCCAUUCCGAGUUAUCAGGCGAUUGUGGAUGGCACCAUUUUGUCUAUCAAACGGGCCCACGAAAGUUUAUCCCCGGACGUCUUUCUUUUGGCUCUAUUGACCUCGAGGACGCGAACAUCAAUCGCAGUCCAUAUUCGUACGACCACAACCCUGAAGAGGAAAAGGCACGGUACUCGGCGAAAGUUGACAAGACACUAACCCUCCUUCGUUUUGACCGGGAAUCGGACAACAAAACUGCCGCAGUCUUGACCUGGUUCCCUGUUCACGGGACUUCCAUGUACAACAAUAACACCAUCGUGACUGGUGAUAACAAAGGCGUCGCCGCGUAUUUGUUCGAGCGGAGUGUUGGCAGCGAUUCACGAUUCGCGGAUGAUGUUGUCAUUGGAUUUUCCCAGGCAAAUGUUGGCGAUACUAGUCCGAACAUCCUUGGCGCUUGGUGUGAAGAUGGUUCUAACCAAGAAUGCACAUAUGCGGACAGCACUUGCGGCGGUACAAAUGAGGACUGCCAUGGACGGGGCCCUUAUUUCCGCGAAAAGGACAAUGGUGCAAAGAGCUGCUUCGAGAUCGGCAAGCGCCAGUAUUCGGCAGCAAAGAAGCUCUACGAGCAAUUGGAUUCAAAUCCAACCACUAUUACAGGCAGCUCAGAUGUCAGGUCUUUUCACGUGUUCAAUGACAUGAACGGGUAUACAUUCGAGUCUCCCUUCAACGGGAGCACUUUGAAGACAUGUCCUGCGGCACUUGGAUACUCUUUCGCUGCGGGGACAACAGAUGGACCGGGUGCCUUUGAUUUCACCCAAAAUGCAACUGGGCCAGCCACGCAGAAUCCGCUGUGGAUAGUAGCUCGCGCAGCUAUUCACCAGCCAUCACAGGAACAAAGAGAAUGUCAGGGCGCCAAGGAGAUCCUGCUAGAUGUCGGAACGCUUACAGUACCCUAUGCUUGGGCGGCAGAUAUCGUCGACAUCCAGGUUCUUCGAGUCGGGCAACUCUUUAUCAUAAUCUCAACCAGCGAGGCCACUACAAUCUACGCGCACUACGUCACGACAGAGGAAGAAUACAACGUCCAGCGAUACGAGGGCGCCUCCACUCUAUAUGGGCCCAACGAACUGGCAGCAUAUAUCAAUUUGACUCUCACAUACCUGCCCUACUUGGGCAGUGCAGCGAGCAGCUCCAGCCUCCCCGAUAUUCCCACCGGUCCCAGCCCUCCCAUCAACACAAAUAACUCGCUAAGCUUCAUUACUGGAGUCGUUUACGACGAACAUCCGAUAGGAAAGUCUUUCGGACAAGCCACCUCCAGCCCAGACAAUAAAACUUACAGCCCAGGCGACACAGUCAGCACGACCUUUGUCGGCGCAAACCCCCGCAACAACCUUCGUCAGGAAUCCACGUACGCGGCAGUGGAGCGCAAAGAUCCGAGCUCAGGUGAUUGGAAAGUGGUGCGCAAUGAUCGCGACUGGAACCUGGUCUUCUCCUGGGAGCGGACCAAUCUGUUGCUGGGAUAUAGCGACGUUACUAUUUCCUGGCAGAUCGAGGACGACUACUACAGUGUUGACGAUCCAAAUCCAGUGCAGAGUGGCACGUAUCGUAUGCAUUAUUACGGCGAAUCGAAGAGUGCUCUCGGGGAGAUAUCGUCAUUUGAUGGUAUUGGAGGUACUUUUAUGGUGUCUACAUGA